AGAGUUUCCAAUCAGUAUAAAAGACGUUAUGGCCAUUCCAAUAGUCAUCAGUUCAGUUUGGUUCUUUGCAGUACAGUGUCUCCUAGAGCACCACAAGUGACACAAGUUUAUUCUAGUUCGGUAGAAUUUCACACAAUUUUAUAUUAAUCAUGAAGUGCUUCGUUGCCAUUGCCCUGUUGGCUGUUGCCGUUAGUGCAUCGCCCAUCGAAUACGGACACUAUGGUGCCCCAGCUCUGGUGCACGCCCCAGUUCUGCACGCCGCUCCAGUUGUGAAACACGUCGUCGCCGAGCCAGUCGCCUACCCGAAAUACUCGUUCAACUACGGAAUCAAGGAUCCCCAUACUGGUGACAUCAAGUCCCAGGCCGAAGAACGCGACGGUGAUGUUGUCAAGGGACAAUACUCCCUCGUCGAACCAGACGGUUCCGUGCGCACUGUUGACUACACCGCCGAUGACCACAACGGAUUCAACGCCGUCGUGCACAAGUCCGCCCCAGCUGUCCACAAGGUUGUUGCUGCUGCCCCAGUCGCUUACCACGCUCCAGCUCCAAUCCUCAGCCACUACGUUCACUAAGUACGCUACAAUCGGAAGGUUAAGCUAAGUGCAAUUUUGUUAAAAUCACCUUAGCCGUUUCCAACCGUUUAAGUCACUCUCUCUCACAAAACUGUCUCCGCCAAGAAGCUUCCAAACUUCGAACUGCUCCCAGCAGUAAAAACUACUCACUCGUAUAAAUCGUUAAGCUACCAACAAAUCAUAAACAAAGCCCACGAAACACACACACCCAUGCAAAACCCGCUCUAUCAUCGAAAUGUUUAAUCGUUUUUUAUGUUUUUGUUAAGUAAUUAUCGAAUUAUUCGCGCCUCGAACCUCAAGCUUUUCAUUACCUAAAGCUCGGCACAUUUUUCCGUGAUUACUUCACCCACUUUUUUCCGUUUAUCACCUUACUUUUCGCCGGUUCCGGAGCGACCCAGAAACGUGAAACAACAAACACACUUUCACUUUCCCGGUCGAAACAAAACCGGACUCAAAACACAACAUAAACGUAAACAAAAACCGCAGCAGACGCAAAACGUCUCGGCCAAGCACAAAUCGACGUCUGGCACGUGCUGCUCGGCUGAGUUCUGCAAAAUCUCUCCGGAGAAUAGAAGCGCCGCUCUCCUCUUUAGGGAUGCAAUAUCUCCACGUCUGCCUGCAGCCAUAACAAGAAGCAAAAACAUCGCGAAUACGACGCAUCGCACCACUCUCGCGCUACACUUUCCCCUGAAAGGGGAAGUAUGUUGCGCAACACGAAGUGUAGCCUUUACUGCCAUCUAUUGCAAACUAAGCGAACCAAAACAAUCGGCGGGAAACGACGGCCUUACAGAAGCAAGUCAAACAUUGGGCUCGUGGCCAUUGUCCAACUUCCAUCUUCCAGGCGAUAGAGGAGACUUAUUUUCAAGUCAUCCUGCGACGAGCCCAAUUUUUCCAUUAACGUUUGAGUGCCGGCUGUCGACUCAAAUCCCCUGGUUUUGAAUGUGAUAAUUGUUGUUCUAUAUCUAUUACUCUCUCAAACUGAUCUUCUCUCACUUGUUAAACCUAUCGUACUGAUUCUACACCUACUUCUCAAUCUGUCAGCACCCUGUAUCACUCUUUUCUGCCUUUCGGUUCUUCUUCUAUAUAAGAAGAAGAACCAACCACGUGAAGAAGCUAGGAAGAAUCUAUCUCUCCCCUUAGUCAUCUGCUUUAAACACGAGAUCAAAAAGCGAGAAUUGUUUUAUAUUGAAAAAUAUGUGUAUUAUUUUUAAAAAAAUAAACAUCCAACGAAAAAAAAAUUGCUACCCCAUUCCAAGUGGGUGACAAGCCCAAAAAAAGUUCAAACUGUACAUACAGAAAUAAAAAUAUUUUAUUAAAAAA